AUGGCUUCAUCGCAGAGAACGUUCUGGGCAGACGAUUUCGGCUAUCGCCACACUUCCGACACAGACGCAAACGAAGCGGACAAGCUAUUCUUCCCUGCACCCGACGGCUCGGCGCAAGACUUUGCCCUCCACCGAAGCCGCCUGUUCCAAGACGACGAUGGCACCUUGCUUCUCGACGUCAUCCCGCCCACCAUCGCGCGCACCAUCAGCCUCUUGCGCAUCAGCUUUACCAGGUCAAUCGCCGACAGCGAUGUGUGCAGUUUCUUCCCAGAGUGUCAUUCUCCCCAGAUGGCAGACGUCCAGUUCCACCCCAUGUGUGAAAUGCUGUCGCUGCUGCCUCGCCCCGACGGGCGCCAGAGGGCACUCGCCUUUCUUCGAGCAUGGUGCAAGGCCGAUCACCUGGGCCGGGAGGAGUCGCGGGCUCCUCCCCACGAGAGCUACCCGAACGAGCCAGCCUUGAUGUCUCUGAUGCGUCAUCUGGGAGCAUUAGGCAGCUAUAUCGACAGUCUACUCGAGCUCCUCCCCGAAGACGACGAAAACGCCACCAAGGCCAAAGAGCACGCGGAACGACUGAACCCGUGGUGGUCGAGGGCCCGUUCCAAGACGCAGACGUGGGCAGGCAAUCACCCCAAGGAGGGUAGCGACCGAUUAUCGCGGGAAAUAGCCAGACUCCGUCUCGGGUCCAUCCAUGCGCAGGAGGUUGCGGCAGUUGGAGCCAUCUCCGAAGCCCAGAGGACAUGCGACCAGCUACAGGAGCACCUCGACGGUGCAAAGCAGCUGCUGGACGGCAGGGGAUGGCUUCGCGUGUCGAACUUGGGGAGGGUGGUCACACACGGGCAGAUACAGCCACUGGAGCAGUUUAUGGGAGACGUCGUGGCCUUCCGGACGCAGCUCGACGUGCACAACCUCGGGCUUUCCAGAGUAUUGCGGCGUAUCAAGCUUGCUGAGAUGAGGUAUGUGAAGCAAGCUAAGGCGCGGCGGCCUGAAGCCACGGUGACAGUCUACGAUGAUGGGCGACCUCCAAAGCCUGGGCCGCCUACGUUUGGCUACAGGGACGCGGUCAAGGAAAGUCUGCUGGCAAAGGGGGACCGAUUCGCGCUGCAGGCUCUUGACGAGGACGACGUGGACGAGGAUCUGAACACGAUAGAAGUGAUUGAAGCUGAGGCGAUGCGGAGAUAG